CAAGCAGAGCAACAUCAAACUUUAACAGCUUCAAUAAAUAUACUUUUAGAAAUUAAGAAGCCGAGUUGAGAGAUUCACCUGAUCUGUGCAAGUUUGGGAAUACAACAUCAAUUGUAAGGAAUCGAGUGGACGUUUUUUUUUAGUAUCAAAAUCACAUUUAAAAAACGAAAUGGAUCGAUAGUUUAAGUGGUAGGAAAAACCUCUGUCAGCUCUCGUCCGAAUUGACAAAUACAUAUGUGUCAUGUCGGAUGAAAAUAAUUCAGCGGAGUCAAACAUUUGCCCUGAAAGUGAGGAAUGUGCUGCCGAAGAUUCAUUUGGCUUUGGAGAUGAUCUGGAGUUAAAUCGGUUCGAUGGAUUGCCCUUUUCCUCGCGUUACUACAAACUACUGAAAGAGAGGAAGACUCUGCCAGUGUGGAGGGUCAGGUGCGAGUUUGAAGAUGCUCUGGUAAACAACCAACUGGUUAUUGUGUCCGGGACUGCAAAGACUGGGAGGGGUACACAGAUCCCUCAGUGGUGUGCAGAGUUCUGUCUGUCUGCCCAGUACCAGCAUGGCAUGGUUGUGUGCACUCAGACCAGCAGACAGCAGGCUGUAGAUCUGGCCUUACGGGUGGCAGAUGAAAUGGACGUCAACAUAGGCCACGAGGUGGGAUACACCAUCCCUCUGGAGACCUGCUGCUCCUCUGAUACUGUUCUGAGGUACUGCACGGACGACAUGCUGCUGAGAGAGAUGAUGUCGGACCCCUUCCUGGAGCACUACGGGGUCAUCAUCAUCGACCAGGCCCACAAGAGGACAGUGAGCACAGACAUACUGCUGGGCCUCCUGAAGGACAUCCUGCUGCAGAGGCCUGAGCUCAGAGUGGUGCUGCUGGCCAUCCCGCCCUUCACCAACAAGCUGCUGAGCCACUACCACAGCGUCCCCCUCCUCAGCCUGGAGCCCCCAUCCCCUGCUGAGGCGGUGCACAGCCACAGCGGCAACAAAGACUAUUUCUUCCCAGCACUGAGACUGGUGCUGGAGAUCCAUCGAACCAAAGAGGAAGGAGAUGUUGUUGUGUUUUUCGCCUCAGCUGAGGAGGUUAACUGUGCCCAAAGCAUCCUGCGGAGAGAGGGCACCAGGCUGGGGGCGGAGCUGGGCCGGAUGGUGCCUGUGGUCCUGUGCCCGGGCCGGGUUGGGCUACCUACUGCCCUCUCUGACCAACCGGACUCCAAGAAGUCCAGGAGGGUCUUCCUCUCUACCACACAGGGGGAGGAUAUGUGGUGGGCCGCAGAGUCUGUCAACUUUGUCAUUGACACAGGAGUCCAGAAAAAGAUGGUGUAUAAUCCAAGAAUAAGAGCUAACUCAGAGGUCCUGCAACCCAUCAGUCAAUGUCAGGCAGACAUACGCAAGCAGCUGUCUGGACCAACAGGUAAAUGUUUCUGCCUAUAUCAAGAAGACAGCGCGCUUCCUGCAGAGAAAGCCCCACAGAUUUUGGAGUCCAACAUCUCACCGACAGUCCUGUUCCUAAAAAGGAUGGAGAUCGCCGGCCUUGGACAGUGUGAUUUCAUCGACAGACCAGAUCCUGAGGGUCUCAUGCAGGCGUUGGAGGAUUUGGAUUAUCUAGCAGCUCUAGAUGAUGAUGGCAAUUUAUCUGAGAUCGGCAUUAUAAUGUCUGAAAUCCCUCUGGACCCUCAGAUGGCCAAAGCGCUGCUGGCAUCCUGUGAGUUUGACUGUGUGAGCGAGAUGUUAACCAUCACAGCGAUGCUGUCAGCGCCAAGCUGCUUCAUGGAGCCCCCUACUGGCAUGACCCACGAAGCAGCCCAGUGUCACAGAAAGUUCCAGCACCCUGAGGGUGAUCACUUCACCCUCAUAAACAUCUACAAUGCCUUCAAACAAAGCCAGAGAGAACAAUACUUUACUUCUCAAAAGUGGUGCCAGGAUUACUUCCUGGAUCAUUCCGCCCUGAAGACAGCAGAGGCCACUAGAUCAGAGUUGACUGACACUCUGAACAGGAUCGAGCUUCCCAUCUCUGAGCCCUGCUUUGGAACCAAGAGCAACACACACAACAUCAAAAGAGCUCUGAUGGCCGGGUUCUUCAUGCAGAUCGCUCGGGACGUGGACGGAUCAGGGAACUACUUCAUUCUGACACACAAGCACAUGGCUCAGGUGCACCCGCUGUCCUGCUACGGGGCUCAGUCGCACAAGCAGGGGCUGCCAGAGUGGGUCGUUUUCCACGAGUACACCCUGUCGGAGAACAACUGCAUGAGAACCGUGUGUGAAAUUUCCCCUCAAGUGUACAUUCAAAUGGCACCCCUCUACUUCUUCUACAACCUGCCCCCUAGUGAAAGCAAGGACAUACUGCAGGACAUGUUGGACCCAGACGCAUCCAGAAAAUGUGAAGAGAAACAAAAAGACAUCCCAGUGAGCAACCAGGACGACAGUGGCUGUGGAAUCGGAUCGCAGACUUAUGACAGAUGUGUGAUUCAAUGAUCUGAAAUCAAAAAAUGUGAAAAUAUGGACUGUAAUCCUGUCACCAAAUGUAAAAUAUUUUUGUCGAUACAAACCAUUGACUGUAAUAAGUUAUUACUUUGCCUAAAGGUUGUUGAUGGUUAGACAUGGCGAGCAAAUAAGUUUGGUUCUCGUCAUGAGAGCAUGUUGCAAAGUAAUGUUAAUCAUGAACCUGUUCAUUAUCCAAUAAGGUUGUUUUCGUCUUAUUGUGCCAGUAAAUCCCUUUUUCCUGACUGCUGUUAUGGGCAGCUGUCUAUUCUGUAAUUGAAUUCUCCCGUCUCACCUCAUUUUCCCUUUUUUUUAAUGCAAAGCUGUCUCUCAUAGGUGUCUGGUUUUGAAACUGAAUCAUGAUGUACGAGUUGACAUGCUGCCAGUUUAAGAAAACACAUGAUUGUCAAGGCAUGUUGAUCUACAACGGAUUUAUUAAUAAACAGUAGCUACGAUA